AUGAGUGACUUUGAAGUAUCGUCAGAAACAUCAGAACCUGAUUAUGUAUCGGAUGAUUCUGGUGAGUUUGUUCCAACUCAGGCUACAAAGAAAAAGAAGGCAUCAAAACCUCUUGCAGAUACAACGAAUAAUGCUCCUACUUCAACAAUAUCUGGCACCAAGGGCAGCUCAGCUUCAGAACAGUAUCAAAAAUUAUCUCAAUUAGAACAUAUCUUGAAGCGACCAGACACAUAUAUAGGCUCUGUCGAGAAAACUGGGAUAGAUAUGUGGUGUUUUGAUGCUGUUUCCGAACAAAUGAAAUUUCAGGAAGUUAAUAUUGUGCCUGGAUUAUACAAGAUUUUUGAUGAAAUUCUUGUUAAUGCAGCAGAUAACAAGAUUAGGGAUCCUUCGAUGAAGAAUAUUAAAGUAAAGAUAGACCCUGAAAAUAAUUUAAUUCAAGUGAUGAACGACGGUAAAGGUAUACCAGUUGAAGUGCAUACCAAAGAGAAUAUGUAUAUUCCAGAAUUGAUCUUCGGUAAUUUGCUUACAUCUUCAAACUAUGAUGAUGACCAGAAGAAAGUUACAGGAGGUCGAAAUGGUUAUGGUGCCAAGUUGUGUAAUAUCUUUUCUACAGAGUUUAUCGUAGAGACAGCCGAUUUAAGUACUGGAUUAUGCUAUAAGCAAGUCUGGACCGAAAACAUGAGCAAAGUUUCAAAGCCUAAGAUCACAAAGUUGAAAACUAAGAAGGAAUAUACUAAGAUCACUUUCAAGCCUGAUUUAACAAAGUUUCAUAUGGAUUCCUUAGAUGAUGAAAUUCUAUCUGUCAUGAGAAGAAGAAUCUACGAUUUGUGUGGUACAGUUAAAGAUUGCAAUAUUUAUCUCAAUGAGAAAAGAUUACCGAUUAAGAAUUUCAAGGCAUACGUAGAGAUGUAUGUUAAGGCAAUCGCUGAAAGAAAGCCCGAUAUAAUUCAAGAAAGUUCCGAACCGAAAAACUAUCAAACAAUAGUCCACGAGGUCGUUAACGAUAGAUGGGAGCUUGCCUUCGCGGUAAGCGAUGGAAAUUUUAAUCAAGUGAGUUUUGUUAAUUCUAUCGCCACAACUUCUGGAGGUACCCAUGUCAAGUAUAUCUCGGAUCAAAUCAUUAGCAAGUUGAUUGAAACUUUGGAAAAGAAAGAAAAGGGAAAGAAGAAAUUGAUGAUCAAGCCACAGGAGGUGAGAAAUAAGAUGUUUCUUUUUGUUAAUUGUCUAAUUGAGAAUCCUGCCUUCACAUCUCAAACAAAAGAGCAACUUACGACUAGGGUUGCCCAGUUUGGUGGCAAGCCGAGUGAAAAGGUUACUAUAAGUGAUCAAUUCAUAAAUAAGAUUUUAAAGACAAGCAUUGUUGAUGAAAUUAGAACAAUUGCUCGCUUGAAUGAGGAUAGAGCUUUACAGAAAGUUGAUGGAUCAAAGAAGCAAAGAAUUAAAGGACAAGUUAAGUUAGUUGAUGCAAAUAAAGCAGGAACUAGGAUAGGACAUCAAUGCACCCUUAUUUUAACUGAAGGUGAUUCUGCUUUGUCAUUGGCUGUAGCAGGAUUGGCGGUUGUUGGAAGAGAUCUCUACGGGUGUUUCCCAUUGAAAGGUAAAUUAUUAAACGUCAGAGAAGCUUCCAUAGAUCAAAUUUCAAAAAAUACUGAAAUCAAUGCAUUAAAGAAGAUCAUCGGAUUGCAGCAUAAGAAGCAAUAUGAUGCUGAAAGCAUAAAGACUCUAAGAUAUGGUCAUAUAAUGAUUAUGACUGAUCAAGAUCAAGAUGGUUCUCAUAUUAAGGGUCUUAUUAUCAAUUUUUUAGAGACCAGUUUUCCAGGAUUACUUGAGACUCCAGGAUUCUUAUUGGAGUUUAUCACACCUAUUGUUAAAGUAACGAUAAAGAAUAGGGGAAGUAAGCAAGUGAUUCCUUUUUAUAAUAUGCCUGAGUUUGAAGCGUGGAGAGAAGAUGAAGGUGCAAGAUGUAGAUGGACGCAUAAAUAUUACAAGGGUUUAGGUACCUCUUCUCCAAUGGAGGCUAGAGAGUAUUUUGCAGCAUUAGAUAGGCAUUUGAAAACUUUUCACGCGAUCCAAGGAGACGACAGGCAAUUCAUCGACUUGGCGUUCUCAAAGAAAAAGGCUGACGACAGAAAAGAAUGGUUGCAGAGCUUUCAACCUGGAACUCACCUAGAUCCUAAUUUGUCCGAGAUUCCAAUUAGUGAUUUCAUUAAUAAGGAAUUAAUCUUAUUUUCAAUGGCUGAUAAUGUUAGAUCAAUUCCUUCUGUUCUCGAUGGUUUUAAACCUGGACAAAGAAAAGUUCUUUUUGGGUGCUUCAAAAGAAACCUAAAGUCAGAAAUAAAAGUAUCCCAGUUGGUGGGUUAUAUUUCUGAACACACUGGAUACCACCAUGGAGAAGCGUCUUUAAUUCAGACAGUGAUUGGCUUAGCUCAAGAUUUCAUUGGAUCCAAUAACAUAAAUGUGCUAAAGCCCAUUGGUGCAUUUGGUACAAGGGCUGCAGGUGGUAAAGACUUUUCUGCUGCAAGGUACAUCUUUACUGACAUCAACGAUAUCACGAGAAAGAUUUUUAAUCAUUUAGACGAGCCUUUGUACACCUAUCUUCAAGAAGAUGAACAGACUGUUGAACCUGAGUGGUAUUUACCUGUUCUUCCUAUGGUUUUGGUAAAUGGUGCAGAGGGAAUUGGUACUGGGUGGUCUACUAAUAUUCCAUCUUAUAAUCCCGAAGAAAUUGUGAAUAAUUUGAAGAGAUUGAUGAAUGGUGAAGAGUUAAUGGAUAUGAUGCCGUGGUAUAAGGGAUGGGAAGGUGAUAUUGAACAGUCGAGUAAAGACAAGUUCAAAGUGUCCGGAAAAAUUCAGCAAUUAGACGACAAUACUUUAGAAAUCACCGAAAUUCCAAUAAAGACUUGGAUCAAUAAUAUGAAGGAAUACCUAUUGACUGCAUUAGGUACUGAUAAAACACCAGCCUGGAUAAAGGAUAUGGAAGAGCAGCAUGGCAUCAAUAUAAGUUUUAUUAUUAAACUAUCGAAAGAAGAAAUGGAGAAAUCGUAUAAGAUUGGGUUACUUGAGCGCUUCAAGUUGAUUUCCUCAAUAAGUUUGAGCAACAUGGUUGCUUUUGACCCUCAUGGUAAGAUCAAGAGGUAUGACUCGCCCUUGGAAAUAAUUAAAGAUUUUUAUUACGUUAGAUUAGAAUACUAUCAAAAGCGAAAGGAUUACAUGACUCAGGAUUUACAGAAUCAGUUGACCAAGUUAUCUGAGCAAGCUAGAUUUAUCAAAUUAAUCAUAGACAAACAGCUCUCUGUUUCUAAUAAGAAGAGAGCUCAGCUUGUUAAGGACCUCGAGAAGUUCAAUUUUACGAAAUUCAACAAACAAGGUCAACCGGUUGAAGGUAACCCUGAUCUGUCUUUGUUUGUUGAUCCCGAAGAAAUCUUAGAAGAGGCUGAGGAAGAAGAAGAUGUUACUAGAGCUGCUGUUGCCGUUUCCAACACUUCUGACCACAUACCAGAGACUUCUUAUUCUCAGUACGACUAUCUUUUAGGGAUGUCAAUAUGGUCAUUAACGAGGGAGAGAUACGAGAAAUUGCUCAAACAACGAGACGAUAAACAAGAAGAACUUACUGACUUGUUAAAAUUGACAGCAAAGGAUCUAUGGAAUGCUGAUUUGGAUGAAUUUGUUAAACAGUGGCACAAAUUCCUACAAGUCGAUUACGAGCAGAGAGCGACCAUGAUUCCAAACGUUGGUACUAAAAGUAAAGCUAAAAGGAGAAAAGUUAAACAGGAACCUGGUGAUGCUCAGCCAUCUAAGAAGAGAGCUACAAAGGUGAAACCCACUUCUAAUGAAAAACUGCUUUCUUCUUCUUCUACAGAAUCCGUGACUUCUUCUGCUUCCUCAAAGCCUUCUAAAGCAAAGGUCUCCGCUGUUAAGAAGGAGCAGCAGCCUGAUGUGCUCUCUUUCUUCUCGCGCGCAGAUGAUAACAGCAAGACGCCUUCGGAUCUCGACCAGGACUCCAACGACCAUACCACUUCUCAUUUUAAUGACAGCGACGACGACUUGCUUCUUGGCUCAUCAUCUUUUGCAAGUGCUGAUCCACCUAAGAGCAGUAAGCGCACGUCUUCAUCGGCGUCUUCUUUGACUUCAAAGAAAAAAACCCCCACCAAAACAUCUUCUCCCUCUAGUUCUUCUACAAAGAGUGCUCUUACUGAUGAGAUAAAUGAUCUCAAAUCUGAACUCAAGAUUGAUACUUCAAAGCCAAGGCGGAAAUCCAAUAGCGUGUAUGAUACAUACCCCAGUGAUUCCGACGUUUUUAGCGAUGAUAUUGUUGAUGACGCCAAUGACGACGAUGAUGAUGAUGCGUAUGUUGAUGACUAG